UAGCAUUGCGCUUGGAUGGGCUGCGCGCUUGUGGGAGGGGAGGGGCUUGUCAGUUAUGAGCUCAGAGAGGUUGUGUUGCCCCGGCAACUCCAGGCAAAGCGUAACAUACAGAGCGCAGGUUGGCUGGCUAGCGAGGUACCGGGACCAGUAGCCCCAAGGAACCCAGAAAAAGCACGCAGUAUUCGGCCUGCAAUUUUGAACAUGACUUCAGUUCAGCAAACAACUCCAGGUUCAACAGCAGAAAAAGUACAAGACAAAAAUGUACAUCCAUGUGUAAAUCCUGGCAACCCCGUGUUUUCCUGUAUGACAACUCCAGUCAUUCCCACCAGCUACAUGUUUCAGGCCAAGCAGCAAAACAUACUGUUCAAAACAAGUUCCAGUGAAUAUGGUGCGUUGCGCCCUACUUAUGAAACAGCGCCAUGUUCACACCACCCAGUGUCCCAACGAUUUUCUCAACACCUAGGACAAUGCGGGAUGUAUCGCAACCACUCUUUUAACACCAUGAUUGACAGAAGCCGAGUUCAUGACUGUCCAAAUCUUCAGUCUACAUUAUAACUUUUUUUUAAACGUGCAGCAAAUGGGAAAUAAUGUAUUCAAUAAAUAUAAUUUCCUGUAUA